CCACUGUUCACGUGUGCACACCACUGGCGGUGUCUACUGCCAGCUGCUCCUGUAAGUCCUCUGUCCUUGCUCUGAGCCUGCUACUUGCCUCUCGCUUGUCUUUGGACACGUCUCUCAUCUCCUUACGGUGAGGACUGACCCUGACUUGUCCUCCUGGGAGUCUCUUUUGGCCUAAGAGCUGCAACCAGCCCUGCCCGCCAUGUCGGCUGCGCCCGGCCUCCUGCACCAGGAGCUGUCCUGCCCGCUGUGCCUGCAGCUGUUCGACGCGCCCGUGACGGCUGAGUGCGGCCACAGUUUCUGCCGCGCCUGCCUGGGCCGCGUGGCAGGAGAGCCCGCGGAGGAUGGCACAGUGCCCUGUCCCUGCUGCCAGGCACCCACGCGGCCGCAGGCUCUCAGCACCAACCUGCAGCUGGCACGCCUAGUGGAGGGGCUGGCGCAGGUGCCGCAGGGCCACUGCGAGGAGCACCUGGACCCACUGAGCAUCUACUGCGAGCAAGACCGCACGCUCGUGUGCGGCGUGUGCGCCUCGCUAGGUUCCCACCGUGGCCACCGUCUGCUGCCCGCCGCCGAGGCUCAUGCGCGCCUCAAGACGCAGCUCCCACAGCAGAAGCUGCAGCUGCAGGAGGCGUGCAUGCGCAAGGAGAAGAGUGUGGCCGUGCUGGAGCAUCAGCUGGCAGAGGUGGAGGAGACAGUGCGUCAGUUCCGGGGGGCUGUGGGGGAGCAGCUGGGUAAGAUGCGGGUGUUCCUGGCUGCACUGGAGGGCUCUUUGGACCGCGAGGCAGAACGUGUGCGGGGCGAGGCCGGGGUCGCCUUGCGGCGGGAGCUAGGGAGCCUGAAUUCUUACCUGGAGCAGCUGCGGCAGAUGGAAAAGGUGCUGGAGGAGGUGGCCGACAAGCCACAGACUGAGUUCCUCAUGAAGUAUUGCUUGGUGACCAGCAGGCUGCAGAAGAUCCUGGCAGAGUCACCCCCGCCCGCCCGUCUGGACAUCCAGCUGCCUGUUAUCUCAGAUGACUUUAAAUUCCAGGUGUGGAGGAAGAUGUUCCGGGCUCUGAUGCCAGCGCUGGAGGAACUGACGUUUGACCCGAGCUCGGCCCACCCGAGCCUGGUGCUGUCCCCCUCGGGCCGCCGCGUGGAGUGCUUGGAGCAGAAGGCGCCGCCGGCCGGAGAGGACCCGCGCCAGUUCGACAAGGCGGUGGCGGUGGUGGCGCACCAGCUGCUCUCCGACGGCGAGCACUACUGGGAGGUGGAGGUGGGCGACAAGCCGCGCUGGGCGCUUGGCGUGAUUGCGGCCGAGGCCAGUCGCCGCGGCCGGCUGCACCCCGUGCCCUCGCAGGGCCUCUGGCUGCUGGGGCUGCGCGACGGUAAGGUCCUGGAGGCGCACGUGGAGGCCAAGGAGCCGCGCCCGCUGCGCACCCCCGACAGGCGGCCGUCGCGCAUUGGCCUCUACCUGAGCUUCGGCGACGGAGUCCUCUCUUUCUACGACGCCAGCGACGCCGACGGGCUCGUGCUGCUCUUUGCCUUCCACGAGCGCCUGCCCGGGCCCGUGUACCCCUUCUUCGACGUGUGCUGGCACGACAAGGGCAAGAACGCCCAGCCGCUGCUGCUCGUGCGGCCCGAGGGCGAGCAGGCCUGAGCAGCCUCGCGGGGUCGGGGAGGGGUGCGGGGUCCUGACGGCUGGGGGAGACGGGUGGGGGGCGGGGGGCUGGGGAUUGGGGUCUCCACCAGUUCUGAGAAGUGUGAGGUUGGCACGGACAGGGGAAUGCUGGUGAGGGGUCAGGAUGACCUUGUGAACAGGACCUGGUGCGGAAGGGAGAUCUGGAAUCAGGUCAGUGAGGAAAUCUGGGUUUGGGAACCAGUAGGCCCCAGGGUUUCCAGGAAGAAACUGAGGUUGACGGAGGGAGGGAAAAGGGGCCAGGCUUGGUGUGGGGGGGGAUUGAGGGGAUCAGCUUGAGAACUCUGUAGACUGAGGGACCUCUGAGGGACCUCUGAGCUCAAUCCCUCCUCCUCCUGGCCUGGGGACAGGGGCUCCAGACCCACCAUCCUGAAAGCCCUUUCACUCAGCGGUUCUCCCACUUGAGCAUGCAUCCAGUCACCUUUUGAAGCCCUUGACAGUCACUUGUUAAAGCACAGAUUGCUGAGUUUCCGAUUCAGUAGGUCUGGGGCAAGUCUGCAUCUCUAACAGGUUCCCAGGUGCUGCCGUUUCUGGUCACAAGUGCGAUCACGAAGGGCGAGCCACUCACUCAGAGCAUCCCCGCCUGCCUGGCCAGCAUCAGUGCAGAUCGAGGCAUAGACCCAAAUAUAUUCCUUCAUCCAACAGACAUUUACAAACCACCAGAACCUAUGCUGGGUGAAUAAACCAACCUUCAACUUAUCUCCCUUUCCUUCGGGAAUAUGUGUAUUGAGUGUCCUGGACGUUGAGGAACCCCCCCCCCAGGUUGCCACCCAAGAGAAAGAGCCUGCUGCUAACCCCCCUCUGGACCCUGCUGCUUGUGGAGAAUAAUAGAAGGUUCCCACUAGAUCUCCUGGAAUUGGCCCUUCACUGCCUGCUUGCUGGUUUAUGCCUCCUUUGGUUUUAGCUGAAAGGCCCAUUUCUUGGGCUCUGGUGUAACCAUUGAGGCCCAGAUUGAGAAUUCCUCCUCCCUCGAUGGAGAGGCCUUUGGGUACUUAGGCAGGUGGGACUGAAGGCUGCUCCCUUUCAGUCCUAAGGGAAGGUGGUGGUCUGGGGCCAUGUACUCUCCAGGCUGUUCUGCUGCUGCUGUGUGUGAAAGUGUCUGGGACCUCUGGCAACCGGUACCAGCGUGGGCAUUUUCUUGGGGGUUGCUGGGUACAGGACUAAGAGGGCGAGAGGAAGGUUGUGGGUUGGGUAAGAAAGGAUCUGGCUGGGAAGGGGGGCAUCCCUGGGUGUGUCUCCCAGAGGAAGGCCUGUUGGGCCCUGGCUUUGGGAGACAGAGAGAAGAUUAAUUUUAGAAGCUUUUUUAUGCUAGAAAAUAAAACUUAAAAUAAAACAAUAAAGUAAAAGCAUUAUUUGGUUGUAAAAUUUAGCACCAUAAAAACGAUUAUAUUCUGACUCCUUCCUCAUUAAAUGUGUGGGAAGAGAAAAA